CGUACUGAUGUGGUUCAUGCUGUGUAGCCAACUGUUGUUUUGCUGCAGCACUCAGCUGACGUUUGUCGCUAAUUAUAAUGCGACGUGUGACAGACUUUAGAGCCUUUUUCGAAGCACUCAUACUGCAUAAAGCAGCUUUGUGUUAGGAACUCCGAAGUGUUAUGGUUUGUUACUGGCAGCCAAGGACAGGCGAGGUUCUCGGCGUGUAGAACGAGGCGAAAAGGAGGCUAGCCCAAGAACGACAAUGUCACGGGACAUAGCCAGGGAAAAUCGGUUGGUGAAAUCAGUCUCAAAGCUUUAUCCACUCCUGGAGCUGGAAUGUGAAGGCAAGCGUGCAACACUCAUUGGCGGUCAUGAGGACAACAUCGACAGCAUCAACGUGCUGGCGGAGGGGCAGGUGCUGCUCAUCAGCGAGUGGGCGCUGGAGCACUGCCUGCGCCUGCCCGAGAGCAGCUCCCGCAGCGCCGCGCAGGAGCGGCAGCUGACGCUGGAGAGUGUGCAUGUGGUGGCGUACGGCAGCCAGCAUGUGGCCAAGACCCCGCUGCUGCAGUGGUGUCGCGCCAUGUGCAAGGAGGCGGGUGUGCAGCGGCUGCGCCCAGGCACCCCGCUGCUGGUAUUCUGGUGGGACGUGCAGCAGCAGCAGGACAAGCCGCACGCGCGCGGCAAGACCUGGUGGCCCCUGUCGUACGAGCCCAGGCACCCUGAGCACGGCGUCUGGUUCUCAGCGCGGGUGGAGCGGUACGACCCCCGGCGCUGCACGCUACAUAUCAAGUACGACUACAACCACCCCGACCCGCUGGAAGACGGGGAGCUGCUGCUGCCGCUCAAUUACGUGCACUUUGGGGACUCGCCGCCCCCGCCGGGCGGCACCGCGCAGGUGCUUCCCCCGCCCUGGAAGCCCCCCGCGUGUGCCCCGCAGCCCCGACCUGCGCCCGCUUCGGCAGGGGACCAGCAGCAGGAGCAGCAACAGGAGCGAGCAAAGAAGCAGCGGAGGGAAGAGCAACCAAGGCAGCAGCAAAAGGAACAAACGACCGGCCAACAGGCGUCACACCAGCAGCAGAAGCCGCAGCCAGGAUCAUCUGCGGCAGCAGCGCAACCAGCGCCUGCUGCUGCUGCUGCCGCUGCUGCUGCUGCUGCUGCUACGAAACCUAAGCUCGUGAAACCAGGGGCUGCUGCAGCUGCUGCAACCGGCCCUGCUGCUGCCGGCACCAAGCGAGCCGCCCCGGAGUCCCCUGCAGCCCCAACUGGGGUGGUGCGGCAGGCAGGGAGCGGCAGCACGAGUGGAGAGGACGCCAAGCUGCCCAGUGCGAAGCGCGCCAAGACCGCUGACAGCCAGCCCACCAGGAAGGCCCAGGAUGCUCCCGCCAAGCCAGGCUCUGCUGCGAAGUCGCUGGGAGGACAGCAGCAGCAGGAGCAGCGGUCAGGGCCACAGCAGCAGCCUCCACAGCAGCAGCAACAGCAGCAGCGGGCAGCUAAGCAGUCCGCCAGCGGUGCUGCUGCUGCUGCCUCCAAGGCAUCACCUGCUGCCGGCACGGCGCCUCCGCCUGUUGCUGCUGCUGGCGCUGCUGGCGCUGCUGCUGCUGCUGCUAGGAAGACGGUGCCCGCUGCUGCUGUGAGCCUGCCGGCAGCUGAGGCUGAGGGCGCACCCACUGCACCCAAGGCAGCUGCACACAACACCCAGGAACCGGCGCGGAAGCAGCAGCAGCAGGCGUCCACGACUGCAAAGACGCAACCCUCGGCCCCGUCAUCAGCAGCAGCAGCAGGAGGAGGAGGCGGAGGCACGCAGGAGGACCAACAGCAGCAGCCAGCCGCCAAGCCGCCCAAGCCGCCCCCAGCCCAACCACCCACCAGGCCCCAAGGCAAGCCACCCGCGGCAGCAACAGCAGCCACAGCGGCUGCAGCUGCAGCGCCUAAAGCAGCAACAGCAGCAGCACCCUCCUCGUCCGCCCCGGCAGCAGGUGAUGCGGCCAAGGCAAAGGCAGCCAAGAAGCCCUCCCAACCGGGCAAGCCACGCGCAGCUACGGAUGCGGGCGCCCCGGCUGCAGCUGCUGCGGCUGCUGGUUCCAAGUCCCGGCCUAGCUCUGAGCCGGCUCCGCAAGCAGCAGCAACUGGAGCAGCCGCAGCCAAGGUACGGCCGGAGGCAGGUGGUGGUGGUGGUGGUGGUGGUGCAGCAGCAGCCCCUCCGGCUGCAGCUGGUGCCGCUACCUCCGCCACCACCACCACCUCAGCAGCAGCAGCCGGUGCCCCCAAGCGGAAGCGCAGUAGCAAUCAGGGCGGGGGAGGAGGAGGAGGAGGCAGCAGCCGCUCGCCCUCACCCUCCACAGCUUCUCUGCCGCUAUCCCACCCGCCGCCAUCCAAGACGGCCUCUGCAGGCAAGCCGCCGCAGCAGCCGUCAAAGCAGCGCGCAGCCGCUGCCGACCGCCAGUCGUCGCAGCAGCUGCGAGAUGAGGAUAAAGAUGCCGGUACUGGCGAUGGUGGUGGUGCGGGGCCAAGCAAGAGUGUGCGCCGCGGCAGCGACUCUGCAGGGGCCGGGCCCAGCGGCGGCCACCCGGGCGCCAGGGGGGGAGUCACCACGGGCGGUACGGCAGGGGGCGGUACGGCAGGGGGCGACCCGCAGCACGGGGCGCUGUUGGAACCGGACCUCAGCCUGGGCCCCAGCAGCCGCAUCCGCUGGCCGGGACAGGGGCGUGUGGCGCCGCGGAAGGUGGUGGAGCUCGCGGCUCGGCUGGCCUGCAGGCGCGCAGUCUACCCGCUGGCAAACCCGCUGUGCCACGGGCAUGCCAAGGCGCAGGAGGCGAGGGCGGCUGCGGCGGCUGUCAGGAGGGAGGCAGCGGCUGGUAUUCCUGCUGCUGCUGCGGCGGCGGCGGUGCCAGCGGGGAAUGAUGGUGGUGGUGAUGGUGGUGGUGGUGGUGCUGCUGCUGCCGAGGAGGCUGUGGAGGCGGUCCCCGUGCAGCUGCAGCCUCCGCCGCCCCUGGGGGACAGCGACGAUGAGGAGCAUCUGCAGCACUUCCUAUCCGCCCAGCGACCGCAAGCCUCCCCGCCGCCCCACGCCACCACACCAGCCACCACAGCUGCCGCCGGCACCUGCAGCGCUCCUCAGCUCGGUCAGCCACUGCCGCCAGCAACAGCGGUGGUGGUUGCACCUGCUGCAGCGGCGGCGGAGACCUCGGCAACGGCAACUGGAGCCGCCGCAGCUGCCGGAGCUGAGCAUCCCGCCACCACCGCUGCUAUGGAGGUGGAGGCAGCCGGCCAGCCAGGUGCUGUCGAGCACCCAGCCGCCACCGCUGCUGCUGCUGCUGUCGCUCCGGAACCCCAAGAACCCGCGGAUCAUGUUGAUGCCAUGCUCACAGACGCCCCCUCGGCACCUCCCACACCCGACACCGUCCCCCCGGCUGCCGCCGACAACGCCGCAACCAACGCCACUGGUGCUGAGGCCGCGGCUGGUGCCACGUCCGCUGCCCCUGCUACGCCGCCUCCUCCUGCUGCUGCGGAUGCGUCGCCUCCUGCUGCUGCUGCUGCUGCUGCUGCUGCUGCUGUGGAUGCUGCUCCCGCCCCCACGCUGGCUGGGUCGUUGCGGGCGCUCCGAGGGGCGCUGCAGGAGCUGGCCUCCUCCCCCGGGCUGGUACGGCAGCCGCUGCACGCCUCCCCAGGACUGAAGGAGGGAGGGGAGGCGGCGGAGGGGCAGGCCGCUGCGGCUGCGGCUCUAGACUUGAUGGAGGUGGAGGUGGAGAGGGCCGAGGUGGAGGAGGUGGGAGUGGGGCCGGAGAAGGGCAUGCAGCAGCACCAGCAGGAGCUGGUGACUUCCCGGCUGACGUCAUUCAAGGUGUGCACCGCAGCCGCUGCUGAUGCCGCUGUUGAUGCUGCUGCUACGGCUGCUGCUGCGAUUGCAACCGGAGGCGUGGGAGUCGAUCAGCAGGAGCAGACGCAGGAGCAGGAGCCCGCUGCUGCUACUGCUGCUGCAGGCACUGGCGCUACAGUAAUGGCGGCGGCGACAGGGGAGGUGCGGCAGGGGUUUGUGGAUGACGAUUGUGACGAGUUCGGUUUCUUCGACAGUGGGGACUACCGCAUCGUGUUGCCGCCGCCGGAGCGGCUGGCGGCCUAUGAGGCCCUGGCGCGGGAG